ACAAGUGAAGUGAAUCAAGCGAUGCUAUUUCUGUUGUAACACUUUUAUUACAGUGUUUUAAUUAAAUAUUUAUUGAAACUGUACAUAAGUGAACAAUAAAAUAUUGUUCAUUUACUUGUCUCACAAUACUACCAUUAGUGUCUACUAUUUUUAUAACGUGAUUUACUGGUUUUGAUUAGGCAUAUCAGCAUGGGAGGGUGCCGGUGCACCUACAAGAAUUGUACCAUCAGGUCCGACGGGAAGACCCACUUAUUUCACUACCCUGUAUUUGACAAGGCCCGUUGCCACGAGUGGCUGAUGAGAGCGGGCCGUUAUGACUUCCUAAACUUAAAGGUCUCUCAACUUAAGAAUCGAUGUAUAUGUCAACACCAUUUUGCAGACAACUGGUUUAUGAAUGAUAAAAAAGAAAAAUUAAAAUUAAAAGCAGUACCUACCUUGGAUGGUCCAUUUUGUGAUUUAAGCAAAUUUAAAGAAACUGAAAUGCCACAGAACAUGUUGGGUUUAUAUCCAUUAGCAUGUGAGGUUGUUGAAAAUGACGACUUCUUUGAUAGAAAGUCAAACUAUAAUUUACUUUAUGCAGAUUAUUUAACUAAUGAUGCCAUGGAUUAUAAAAUGAUAGAUGUGGAUAGUAAAAACUGGACAAAUAUAGAGAAUGUGACCCCUCCAACUAAUAAUAAUGUUACAGAAGUGUAUACCCAUAACACUCGAUAUGCAGAAAAAUCUAAAAUUAACCAAAUAAAUAUACCAGAUAAAGAUGUGGCUAAGGAAAUUGUAGUUGAAGUUCCACUUCUCACAGAUCAACAAAAUAAUGCAAUUGUUACUAAACAAGAAUUUCCCCCGCAAGUAGAAGUUCCACCAUUACUUGCAUUUAGUAAGAAAAAAAGUAAAGUAAGAAUAAUAUCAGAAAAAAAGAUAACAGAACCAGAAAAAAAGAUAAGUGUUCCUGUUUCUGCUGCAUCAUUUGAGGUAGUUAAGCCUUCAAUGAUUUUAAGUAUUAAUAAAAAUAAAUCUAAGAAUAAAGCAAAUAACACUAAUGUGCCUCAGCCUAUACAAAUAAAGGAAGAUCAAACAGUUUUAAAUAAUGUGGAGAAAAAUGUAAACAAUAUAGUUGAUGAGAUCAUAAUGUCAUUUAACAAUGACAAAGAAGAAACAACUGUGCAAGAGAACAUGCCAUCCUCUUGCAAACGGAAUGAAAGUAACCUUCCAGAAAUACUUAACACUAGUGAUCCAAGUAAAUUUGAAAUUAAAAUUAACUUGAAUGAACCAAAUCCUUUAGAAAAAGCUAAGUCUCCUCAAAAGAGAGAAAGCAAACAACUUCUUAGUAACAAAAAUAUAUUGUCACCAGAAAGAGUUGCUGCAAUUAACGAGAAACGAAAGUUUAAUAUGAAACUGAAGGAUAUCAUUGCAGAAGAACUAAGCCGGUUAGAAGAACAAGGUUCUGCUGAUAAAGAGAUUCUGGUCCCAAAGAAAAGCUUAAAUAACUAUAGAUCUGAAAGAGUAAGGACUUCUUUAUCAAGAGAUCCCAGUCUUCCGAACGAGCACACUUAUAUUGUACACUAUUUAGAGGCGAGAAUGGAAAAAAUGGAAAACUUGUUGUUAAACAAAAUCGAUCAGAACACUAAAAAAAUUAUGGAUUUGAAAAAAACCCUGGAAACGAAAGAAGAUGACAAACCUCCCCCUGCAAAAUCAUCAACGAAAAGUGAUUUAAGUGAUGAAGCACAUAAAAAACAGCUCUACAUGGAAAUUUCCAAAUAUUUGACACCUAACUGUAACAGUUUACUUUACGAAGAACUUUUUAUUAACAAGUAUGAUCCAAAUGAAGCAAAGGCUGCAUCUGCACCAGCUAAAAGGAAAAGAAAUAGAUGAUAAAUCACAACUAGUUAAUAUUUGUAUAUAAUGUAAGUGCUUUAUAAUGUACCUAAUACAUUUAUUUUUAAUAUUUGACAUUUCAAUAUAGCGUUUGCUUUAA